AUGUGCGGUGAUCCUACCCGGCAGUCCUGCGGCGGCGCCCUUGCCGUGCUAAGCCCUCCAUUAAGGAAUACUCGCUUCAUGCCACCAGAAAUGAGCGGAAGGCUCACUUUCCACGAUUGUGGAAAAGGAGGUUCAGUCGCUACUCACGUCACGUUUACGCCAGACGAAAAUAGCACGAGCAACAGCGUCGUCGGGCUAGACUCAUGCGUCGUAGCUAUUCACGAGACUGGCGACUUGACCAAGUCUGCCAUAAUCAGCCCGUUCCUAUACAAGUUCAACAUGACACAAGGCCUCCCUACACAGCAAGUUGAUCACCAAGAAGGGUCGAUAGAAGUGCCCCUCAGUCAUCCGAUGAAGAUCGAGGUCGGUGGUGACGGAAUUAUUGGUCGAAGGGUCACUCUGUGGUCGCAACAUGUCGCGGAUCCAAUCGCUGAAGGGAUUAUAGGGUAUAACUGA